AUGCCAAACGCCACUUUUUGGAACGACAGCCUGUACGGGAUAGGCGCAGAAGCUGAUAACAGAUCCGAGCUGGACACGACAAAUGCCACCCGCCUCACAUGCGCACCCCUCACCCUGGAGUCUAGGGCGAUCGGAGUCGGGGUAUUCCUCAGCAUCUUCAUCUUGUUUGCCAUCGCGGGGAACAUUUUAGUCAUACUGUCCGUGCUGUGCAAUAGACACUUGCAAACUGUCACUAACUUUUUCAUCGUGAACUUGGCCAUCGCGGACCUGUUGCUGAGUACCGUGGUGCUGCCGUUGUCCGCAUCCCUGGAGGUGCUGGGAUGCUGGGUGUUCGGACGCGUGUUCUGUAACAUCUGGGCUGCCGUGGACGUGUUGUGCUGCACCGCAUCCAUCCUCAGCCUCUGCAUCAUCUCCAUAGACCGUUACAUCGGAGUCAAGCACUGUCUGAAGUAUCCCAGCAUCAUGACGGAGAGGAAAGCGGUUGUUAUUUUAGCGCUCGUAUGGGUUUUGUCUAGUGUCAUCUCUGUGUGUCCUCUUUUGGGAUGGAAAGAGCCCCAGCCCAUAGACGAGGGCGUGUGUAGAAUCACAGAGGAGCCUGGAUACGCGCUCUUCUCCUCGCUCUUCUCCUUCUACCUGCCGCUGGUCGUUAUCCUCUUCAUGUAUUUCAGGGUGUACGUGGUGGCCCGCAGAACUACCAGGAGUCUGGAAGAGGGGAUAAAGCGAGAGAGGAACAAAACUAUGGAAGUGGUACUGCGCAUUCACUGCCGCAGCGGGUUGGAGGAGAGUAGUUCCAGGCGCCACACAAACAACCCAUUCAGAGGCUCGCUGUCGUUGCGCCUGAUGAAGUUCUCCCGGGAGAAGAAAGCGGCCAAAACACUGGCUAUUGUCGUGGGCAUGUUCAUCAUGUGUUGGCUGCCGUUCUUCUUCGUGUUACCCAUGGGUUCUUUAUUUCCGGCUCUAAAGCCUUCUGAGGCAAUCUUCAAAGUGAUCUUCUGGUUGGGAUACUUCAACAGCUGCAUCAACCCGAUGAUCUACCCCUGCUCCAGCAAAGAGUUCCAGCGCGCCUUCACCCGCCUCCUCCGCUGCCAGUGCCACCCAAGACGCCGAGCACUUCGCCGCUUCUAUGCUCAACGCUGGAAAUCAGCUGUCAAGGAGGAGCAGAAAGCGGAAUUCACCCCUGGUGCCGAUGAUAACCAGCGUGAGAAAGGUGUAGAGGAGGACUGGAGAGGUAUGGUUUAUCUGUAUUGA